AUGACAGCACUAUCGAAUGAAGAAAUGUAUGUAGCAAAAGCUGCCGUUGAAGAGAACAAAAGGCUGUAUAAGCUCCUAAACGGGUUAUCAAAAAGAGAUGAAAUUGUCGAAGAAAGUGCCGUUGCAAACAGCAAUUACGGUAUUUUUUCACUACAGCGGCGGAACGAAGUCCUAAAAAAUGACAUCAAUGAGCUGGAGAAUCAACUUGAUGACUGCGAUGUCGGAUACACGGACACCGUGUUGGAAUACAACCGAUUAAAGGAGCGGCGAGGGCACUUACGCAAUGAAACCCAAAGCUUGCGCAAUAUUUUGAGUCACCAGUUUCCAAAGGUACGAGAGGCUGAAAGACUUGAAAUGGAGCGUAAAAAAAUUAAGGAAACGAGUGAAGAGAAAAAUGUGGAGGCAAAAGAUGAAGCAAAGCGUUUGAAGGAGAUGAAAGAAAAGGAAAUGAGCCAAGUUAGUGUGCUGUUGAGAAAGGAGACCCACCUGCAGGAAAAGCUAGACAAAAUGAUACUGCCACUAGAUACCACCGACCGCCAGGCGAUCAGGUCAGCGAUCAGUGCUGCUGACAGGACAAUCCAGAGACUGAAAGUAGAGAUUAACAAGUAUCAAUCCUUUCGCCAGCCACAUCAAAGUACAAGGGCUGACGAUGCGGACUGUGGUCUAGCAAAGCUAAGGGAGGAGUACUAUGCACUUCGUGAGAAGUUAGAUAUGUUGCAUCAAGAUGCGAGUAUGUGA